GUGUCAUUUGUAGACGGCUCGCUGGCGGCGUUGCGCACGCUCAUUUUCACGAAAGUCCAGUUGGAGUGUUACUAAUGAACAAAAGUUGAAUGGUUUUAGUCGAAUUUACUGGUUAAUAUUAUAGUUAGGAUAGUUAAAUCUCAAUAAUUCAAAAUGGGAAUCAAAUUCCUCGAGGUCAUAAAGCCGUUUUGCAGUAUAUUACCGGAAAUCGCAAAACCGGAGAGAAAGAUCCAAUUUCGGGAGAAAGUACUAUGGACGGCAAUCACACUGUUUAUUUUCUUAGUAUGCUGUCAGAUCCCCCUAUUCGGCAUCAUGUCGUCAGACAGCGCGGAUCCCUUCUACUGGAUCCGUGUUAUCCUGGCGUCCAACAGAGGCACCCUCAUGGAACUCGGCAUCUCCCCCAUCGUCACGUCUGGUCUUAUCAUGCAGCUGCUUGCCGGUGCAAAGAUCAUUGAAGUUGGUGAUACUCCAAAGGACAGAGCACUCUUUAACGGUGCCCAGAAAUUAUUCGGCAUGGUGAUAACGGUGGGCCAAGCCAUCGUGUACGUGAUGACGGGCAUGUAUGGCGAGCCGAGUGAGAUCGGCGCCGGCGUCUGUCUGCUCAUCAUCAUCCAGCUGUUCGUAGCGGGUCUUAUUGUGCUGCUUCUGGACGAGCUGCUGCAGAAAGGAUAUGGUCUCGGAUCCGGUAUUUCUCUGUUCAUCGCCACUAACAUCUGCGAAACCAUUGUCUGGAAGGCCUUCUCACCUGCCACCGUCAACACUGGUCGCGGCACUGAGUUCGAGGGCGCUGUGAUCGCGCUGUUCCACCUGCUGGCCACGCGGCCCGACAAGGUGCGCGCGCUGCGCGAGGCCUUCUACCGCCAGAACCUGCCCAACCUCAUGAACCUGCUCGCCACAGUGCUAGUCUUCGCGAUAGUCAUAUACUUCCAGGGCUUCCGUGUAGACCUACCGAUCAAGUCUGCGCGCUACCGCGGCCAGUACUCGUCGUACCCAAUCAAGUUAUUCUACACCUCCAACAUUCCUAUCAUUCUUCAGUCUGCGCUCGUUUCUAACCUCUACGUUAUUUCUCAGAUGUUGGCCGUGAAAUUCAGCGGCAACUUCCUGGUGAACCUGCUGGGCGUGUGGGCGGACGUGGGCGGGGGCGGUCCCGCCCGGGCCUACCCGGUGGGCGGGCUGUGCUACUACUUCAGCCCCCCGGAGUCGCUCGCGCACAUCGCGCACGACCCGCUGCACGCCGUGCUUUACAUCAUCUUCAUGCUCGGCUCCUGCGCUUUCUUCUCCAAGACCUGGAUCGAUGUGUCCGGAUCCUCGGCUAAGGAUGUUGCCAAGCAGCUGAAGGAGCAGCAGAUGGUUAUGCGCGGCCACCGCGACAACUCCAUGAUCCACGAGUUGAACCGCUACAUCCCGACGGCGGCGGCGUUCGGCGGGCUCUGCAUCGGCGCGCUGUCCGUGCUGGCAGACUUCCUCGGCGCCAUCGGCUCCGGCACCGGCAUCCUGCUCGCCGUCACCAUCAUCUACCAGUACUUCGAGAUCUUCGUCAAGGAGCAGGCCGAGAUGGGCGGCAUGAGCACGCUGCUCUUCUAA